AUGGCACCUAAAUCUAGAUUUACACGGCUAGAUGCCUUCACAAAGACCGUCGAUGAGGCGAGGGUGCGCACAACUUCAGGAGGUAUUGUCACGAUCGCUUCACUGUUCAUCGUUCUAUACCUGGCAUGGGGUGAAUGGAGUGAUUAUAGGCGCAUCGUCGUCCAUCCUGAGUUGAUAGUCGAUAAGGGCCGAGGGGAAAAGAUGGAAAUACAUCUAAACAUUACCUUCCCGAAGAUUCCCUGCGAACUUUUGACACUGGAUGUGAUGGAUGUCUCUGGAGAGCAGCAGGUUGGCGUGAUGCACGGUGUCAAUAAGGUCCGCCUCGCGCCUGAUGACGAGGGCGGCCAGGUUAUAGAUGUCAAGGCUUUGGACCUACAUUCUGACGAUCAAGCGACACAUCUAGCUCCUGAUUAUUGCGGUGAAUGCUAUGGCGCAACCCCCCCAGUCAAUGCGGAGAGGCCGGGUUGCUGCAAUACAUGCGACGAGGUUCGAGAAGCUUACGCAAGCGUCUCGUGGGCUUUUGGUCGAGGAGAGGGCGUUGAACAAUGCGAACGCGAGCACUACAGCGAGCGACUGGACUCGCAAAGAAAGGAGGGAUGCCGAAUUGAGGGAGCUGUUCGGGUCAAUAAGGUCGUUGGAAAUUUCCAUAUAGCCCCAGGAAGGAGUUUCAGCAAUGGAAACAUGCACGUCCACGACCUCAAUAAUUAUUUCGACACCCCCGUCCAAGGCGGUCACGUAUUCACGCACAAGAUUCAUCAUCUUCGCUUUGGCCCACAACUACCAGACGAGCUGACAAAAAAGCUGGGCUCCAAGUCAGUUCCGUGGACCAAUCACCACUUGAACCCCUUGGACAACACCGAGCAACGCGCAACGGAUCCAGCGUACAACUUCAUGUACUUUAUCAAGGUUGUCUCUACCUCUUAUCUCCCAUUGGGAUGGGAAAACCAACGCUACCCAGGUGAUGACCAAGUGGGGAUUGGAGCCUAUGGCCGCCAGAAUGAUGGCAGUGUUGAGACUCACCAAUAUUCUGUCACUAGUCAUGGCCGAAACUUGAACGGCGGCGAUGACUCCGGCGGGGGGCAUAAGGAGAAGCUACAUGCCCGAGGCGGUAUUCCUGGAGUCUUCUUCUCAUAUGAUAUCUCACCUAUGAAAGUUAUUAAUCGCGAGGAGCGAUCCAAGACCUUGACCGGCUUUUUGACCGGGCUCUGCGCGAUUGUGGGAGGAACAUUGACUGUGGCAGCUGCAGUUGACCGCGGAUUGUACGAGGGCGGAACACGUUUAAAGAAGUUGCAGUCUAAGAACUUGUGA